CUCAUUUACAGGCACGAAUGCUAAUCGUUAUUUUCAAAUACUACUUGAGCGAUAGCUGAAUAACCACACUGGCUUCAGUGUAUAUCGGACGUUGGAUGUUAUAACCUGCGUGUACGAAUGAACUUUUUGUGAUCUUUCGUACUAAAACGUGUUCCACUCGCAAAAAUUAAGCAGUUAUUACUAUCCAGAGUAACCAAUUCAACAGUUCAGUGCACUUCCAAGUUCAACGCUCAGAGAUAAUUACGCGUACGUUUUUGUGUGUGCAUUUGUGUGGUUGUGUUAGUUUGUAAUAUUGUUGAUUCGUGUUAUUAAAUAAGAAAUAAUGUGAAUAAUUUUAGCAGUUCAUUUUAUUACAUAUUUCUGAACAUGCGUGCACGGUGAGUUGCGCAUGAGUGUCAGUGUUUUUUUAAAGGGGAGUUUCAUCCUCUUUUCUUCAGUUAUGGUAUUAAUCUGCUCUGUGUUUGUAUUACAAAGUGAGGGUGUGAAAUAAAAAAGUAUAUUCGAGUAUUAUUACCAAGCAAAGUGGUGAAAUGCGAAAGAGUAAAAAGUGUUAAUUGUAUUGUGUGUGUGCUAAAAUUAGCUACUUGGUAGUGAAAGACUAUUUUCUGUGAAACGUUCUUAAAAACGGCCGUCAAAAUCGUCCUCCAGUGGCAUAUUUCGGGCAAAAGCCCAUUUGAGCAUAUCAACAUAACUGGUCUUUCAGACAUCGAAAGGCCAGGCAGAGGUGUAGACGGAACAACUGAAACUGGACCCGAUAUGACGGUCCCAGUCCAGCGAAACUCGUUGGCGGUUUUACAACCGCCUAGAUCGCGAUUUAUGAUUACUGAUAUCCUUGCUGGAAGUGGUACAACUCCUCCAUCUAAUACCGGGUUGUCUGAUGUUGUUGAUAGUAUAGAUUUAAUGACAAAUGGCUCAAGUGAACACCUUUCUAUCAACCUUGGGAGUGUUGAAGCAUUGUCUGGCAAUAUCAAUUCGACAGAUAUAUCUCCUAUUCCCGGAAUAAUCAAUGGAAGCACCAAUGGAAGUGAAGGACGAACGCCGAGCCCACCUAAUUGUCCAAGAGAUCUUAGUAUUUGUCUACCCACACAUGGAUCGUCCAGCAUUCUGCACGCCAGUAAUAAUCCUCUUGCAUUGCAUGCCGCUGCAGCUGCAGCAGCAGUAGCUGCUGCUGCCGCGGUAAAUACCGGAAACGAUGACGAAGCUCAACACAAUCAACAACAAAAAUCUCACCAUCCACAUCAUCAUCAUCCACAUCACCAACAUCACGGACUUACAGCUCAUACACUUGCAAACCAUGGGUUUAUAGGCGAUCAUGAACCGGAGAGUGAUAGCGAUGAUAGCUGCCCAAUGGAUAACUCAAGUAUUUGUAGCAACGGUGGAAAAGAUGAAGAUGGCAACAGCAUCAAAAACGGACUUGGACUUAGCAGUUCCUCAGGGCUGAGUAAAAAGCAACGAAAAGCUCGCACCGCUUUUACUGAUCAUCAAUUGCAAACCCUUGAAAAAAGUUUCGAAAGACAAAAGUAUUUAAGCGUGCAAGAUAGAAUGGAGCUAGCCAAUAAGCUUGGGCUAAGCGAUACUCAAGUUAAAACUUGGUAUCAAAAUCGAAGAACAAAGUGGAAGAGACAAACUGCAGUAGGAUUAGAACUAUUAGCAGAAGCUGGAAAUUAUGCUGCGUUUCAGCGGUUAUAUGGUGGACCUCCUUACAUCGGCGCCUGGCCUUAUCCUACUCCUUCAGGGCCUCCUGGAACGUCACAAAGUGCGGUUGACGCAUACUAUAGACAUGCAGCUGCAGCAGCUGCUCUCCAAAAACCCUUACCUUAUCGUAUGUAUCCAGGUGUACCAACCAUUGGAACAUUGAAUCCUAUAUCGGGCCCAAGCGGCCCAUUCCCUCACCUCUCUGCGUCCAGUUCACUUUCAACGCUGAGCAGUUACUAUCAAGCCAAUUGUGGGCAACAACCAGCAGGAUCAUUGCUACAACAACCUCAUCAAACUCCUAGCGGUGGAUCAAACCAACUUCGCGAUGGUGAAACCAGUGUUGGAGCAGGAAGCCAACAUGAUAUUAGUAAUCUUAACUCACUUACCAGCAUUAGUAAUCAUAGUCUGAACAGCCAGAUAAGGCAUAGUCCUAGCCCGAUGCUCAAUCCCGGUAGUCCACCAGGACAAUCCGAAAGUAAUCCACCUGAUAGUGAUGACGAGGAAGAUAACAUUCAAGUAUGAAAAGUACAUAGUCCAAAUGACAUUAAAAGUCACUUUUGCCUUCCUAAUCCAACAAUUAUCAAUAAUGUUGAAAAGCUAGUCCACUUAACUAGCAAUAGACACAUACAGUGACCGACAAAAUAAAGUUUUUUUUAAUUUGUGUAUAAGUUACAGUUUAAAAAAGCUUCCAUUGCGUACAUCAAAAAUAAAAUUAAUAUUUUUUUAAUUAUAUAAAUUCAACUUCAAAGAACAUUCAAGAACUACAUGUUUAUUGAUAUCAGUUAUUGAAUUUCUAUUAAAUAAAAUACUCUGAGAACAAAAGACCAUCUAGCAUAAGUUUAAACAAUAAUUUCUAUCCAGUAGUUAAAUGUUUUCUUGGAACUUCAAUUUAUUAGCAGCUUGUACACAUUCUUAUUUUGAUGUCCCAGACAAUCAAUUUGUAAUUGUUUUCUGAUAUCGUAAAGAUAGGGUGUCGAAACUAUGACCCGCGUGCUCUCGAGAGCCUCAUUAAAGACCCGCGAAUAUUUUGUAAAAUAUAACGUGUAUUGUAUUUUAUUGCUAUUGUA